AUGGCUGGAUUUUCUUUGCCCUUUCCCUUUUUUCCUUUCCCUCGCUCCAUCUUCGUGCACCCAAACGGUUCCGUCGAUUUAUCUUUCGAACCUCGAGAGCGCCAAAACAACCAUACCCAGACCGUCAUACCCACAAACGCCGAAGACACGGUUACGCUUGUAAAUAGAGGAACCAUCAACAACCGCGUCGCAGUGCCGGUCCACCAGAGGCAGGCCACGGUUCCACAUACCUCCAUCAGUCUAGGGGUUUUCUACCGUGCCCAAUUUAGAGACAACAGCCCGGAGAACAAGGCGAUUCUUGAAAUCCUCGACUUCAAAGGGCUCGCCCGCGAUAGGAACACCAAGUUAUACCGCGGCGCUGGCGUCUUUGUCGCCUUCCUCGCCAUGUUGUGGUUUACUGGCGGUCGAGAAAUCGUCCAGGAUGUCUGCAAGAAUAAAGAGUAG